UGGCUGUCGGUGCAGGAGCAUGCAUGUCAACUGAGGCGCUAGGGGUUCUCUUCAGCCGCUAGAGUUGCAAUGCUUACAUGUUUGAGCCGCAGUGCUCUUUGGCACAAUUGUGCGGCGGUGGCAUUGCUGGCAAGAGACGUUAGGUGCACAUUAGGUGCACAUUGAAAUUUGAGACCUUGUAGUGGUUGAGAAGGAGCCCCUCCAGAUGACGCUGGGAAAGGAGGCCUUGCUGCAGGUCUAGCUAUCAAUGUGACGUAUGCUGCUUCGUACAAAGACUUUCCCGAAAGCGCUUCGGACCGGUCGCGCUUCUGCCAUCGUACACAACAUUGCCGAGAGACUUCGGAACCCAAGUUAUUCGCAGUUUGCAAGGCGAAAAGUGGUUCCAACGCAGCGAUUCAGCAUGCCAGCUGGCGGGAGGGGCAGAGGGGGAAGUCAGGAGGAGGAGGCACUUCACCGAAUUGUGCGAGACGUGAGUGGCGUCAGCGGGGCGCACGGUACGGCAAAGAAGAAAAGAGCGGUCAGUGCAAGAGACGGAGCAAGCGACACCGGAGCUGGAAGUCUGAGCGAGGGUGUAGAGACGGCUCAAAGAGAUAUUCAAGAAGCGGUGAAGCAGGAACACUGGUCUGGGGACGGAACGGACUUGGCUUCAGAGGAAGUGGGGAUCGCUGGUGAGCGUAGGAUGAGCGCUGAAGGGGGGAGGGAACAAGAGGCUGACGUUGAGAUGGGGAAUGAGGCUGGGGACGGAAAGGGAGAGUCGAGUAAGGGAAACGAGGACUUAGACUCAGAGGAGGAAGCCGAAGCAAAGGCGGCUGUGGCAAAGUCGAACUUGUUGGAGUCGUUCCGGUUUGAGGGCGCAGCGAAACGGAGGAAAGGGGAGAAGCCGGCCGCUGAGCAUCGGAAAGAACACAAGCGGAAAGACGAACCCGUGGUCAAGCUCGAAAACGCGCCAACAAUGAGCGGUUCUGCAAAUCCUGCUAUCGAGUCAGCAUUCGAGGGAGGAAAAGAAGACGAGAUGCGCUUCUUCAGGCAGCUGUUGAAGCAACGCCUGCCGCCCCCAGUGCAACCGUUCGGAGCGGAAGGGGGAACUCUGUACGUGGGCACUUCGGGAUGGGACUACAAAGACUGGAAGGGCCCGGUUUACCCCGAGAAGCUGAGCAAAAAGGACUGGUUCUCGCACUACUGCUCGGUGUUUAGCACCGUCGAAGUCAACAACACGUUCUACCGGUUGCCGGCGCCCGAGGUGUUUGCGGCAUGGGGCCAGCAGGCGCCUGAGGGGUUCACUUACGCGCUCAAGUUCAGUCGGUUCGGAAGUCACAUGAAGAAGCUGACGGACCCCCAAGGAACGGUCGGGCUUUUCGUGGAGCGCGCUUCGCAUUUGGGGGGGUCGCUCGCAGGGCCCGUGCUGGUGCAGCUGCCCCCCCGCUUCAGCGCAAACGCACCCCGGCUGGACGCGUUUCUGAGCGAGGUCCCCCGGGGGGCGCGGUGGGCGGUCGAGAUGAGGGAUCCCUCUUGGCUGUGCGAGGACGUGUACGCGGUGCUGAGGCGCCACAACGCCGCGCUGUGCAUUCACGACCACGAGGAUACAGUUCGGGGGGGUCCGCACCCCAAGGUUCUCACUGCAGACUGGUCGUACGUUAGGUAUCAUGGGCCCGGGGGGAAUUACCGGGGGGGUUACGAUAGGGAGUUCCUAGCGGGUCAGGCCGAGUGGAUUCGGGGCUUGCUGUCGGAGGGCAAGGAUGUCUAUGCGUACUUCAACAAUGACGUCGCGGGGCACGCAUUCUUUGAUGCGCAAGAGCUUAGAUCCGGGGUGCAAGGAAAGACGUUAGAGCCUAGGUAAACAUGACCAGGACUGCUUGAUAUACGUUGGCGUGGAAGAGACAGCAAUCAUGCAGUCCUGAUCUUUGAGAUGGGGCCUGAACUGAUCAGAUGACGUGUGUACGUAUACAUAAUGCAGCACAGGUUCGAUCCUGCCGGGCUCAGACGUUCCGGAAGGCUUGUGUUGUCCUUUGAUUGUUUGUGGACGUUAAAAUCGCGGUCAGGCCCCUUGCAUUUGACGCUUCAAUGUAGUGUACAGAGCAAUAUUGCAGUGACCUUCUAAUCAGUUGAUUUAUAGAAUUAUGCACUUUAACAUUCUGUCAGGGGCGCUGACAAAUAUUGAUCCUCAGUCACAAUUUCAGC